UGAGGUCUAUAUGGACAGGUGCUACGAUCUUUUAGAGCUCAAGGGGAAGGAAAUUGCAGUUUUGGAUGAUAAAAACGGGCAAAUUCAUCUCCGCGGACUAUCUCAGGUCCCUGUGAAGUCGAUGUCUGAAUUCUAUGAGAUAUUUUCUUGUGGGAUUCAGAGGAGGAAAAUCGCGCACACCGGGCUUAACGAUGUCUCUAGUAGGAGCCAUGGGGUGCUAGUGAUUGCCGUUUCUACUCCUUAUGGUGAUGGCUCUGAGGCUGUUGUUACUGGGAAGCUGAACCUUAUAGACUUGGCAGGUAAUGAAGAUAAUAGAAGGACCUGCAAUGAAGGAAUUCGUCUCCUAGAGAGUGCCAAGAUCAACCAGUCUUUGUUUGCAUUGUCCAAUGUGAUUUAUGCACUGAAUAAUAACAAAGGUCUGGCCGAUGCUUGCUUGGAGACAUUGAGUAGAUAG